GACAGUCGCAAGAUCGGAAGAGCAGCUGGGUGGAGACAAGCCGCCAAGACAACAUUGAGCAAGAACAGCGUCUGAAAAAAGGAAAGCCAUCGCCAUGCAUCUGUUCGUGCAAAGCAAGCGAAACUACGGCCUUCUGGGGAUAACAGGAGAGGAGACCAUCCGAACGAUCAAGGAGCGAGUCUUCAAGGUGGAGGGUCUGCCCGUGGAUCAACAGAUCCUGUACUACUCGGGGAAACCGCUAGAGGACGACGCCACGCUGAUUGGCUCCGGGAUACCGGAUAUGGGGACUCUGGACGUCAAUGUGCGCACGCGUGGAGGAGCCACGUACAAGGUAACCCUCAAGACCCCGGAUGGAGAGCGCGUGUUUGACUGUCCUGACGAUAGUUACAUCCUGGACGUGGCAGAAGAGCAAGGACUUGACAUCCCCUACUCAUGCCGGGCGGGCGCAUGCUCCACCUGUGCCGGUAAGAUCGAGUCCGGCACCGUGGACCAGAGUGACCAGUCCUUCCUGGACGAUGACCAGAUGGCGAAAGGGUACGUCCUGACCUGUAUUGCCUGCCCAACCAGCGACGUGGUCAUCACAACCCACCAGGAGGAGGCACUCUACUAAGGGCCACCAGGCUUUCCUAAGGGGGUUAGGGUGGUAGAAUUCGGCAAAAAUUGGGCUGACUGGCCAGGGGAGUGGGUCCACCGCUAGGUGUCAACGCACAUGAUCGCUGGGGUAGCUAGAGUAUCUCGGAAAAAUUGAACAGGUGGUGUUCAUUCUUCCGAUACGAAUAAACUUUUUUAUUGACUUUUCAAAGUAUGCACAAAAAGAAAACGAUGAUACGUAUACAAAAUAAGUAACAGACACAUGAAAGAACAAAAAAGAAACAUUAAAUCCGGAAACUCUAGUCUAUGGUCAUAUGAGAAAAUAUCAACAAGAAUAAAAAGCCUUAGCUUGGAGGCCAAAAAGAUAUAUUGUAACUCACUAUGGUGGUAAAUCAAGAAUAAGUAAUAAGUUUCUACAUAUUAUAUACAGAUGCCUCGAAGGUUUGAAUUAUUGCCAUGAAUAUCAUUGUUCAUUCACUUUACAGUUUUCUCUCUACUAACCAAAUAUGCGGUAUUAUAAUUCUAAGGGAAAUAAAUUGGUUAACACAAA